UCAAGGGCUUGGGGGAGCAAAGUUCACUACGCUGAAAGAUGGGAGCACCAACAGCUGGCGUACCUUUCAGGAGGUUGAUGUUACAGUGGGAUAAAGAGUAUCGACAGCGGGGGUGCUGUAUAAAAGAUGGAAAUUACAAUGUGUGGGUCAAUGAGGUUCUGUUGCAGUCACAACUAGAUAUAAUGGCAGCGGGGAGGCGACAUACGGUCUUCCUUUAUAGUGUUGCCCCUACCGCUCUCCUAUCUUCGGAUCGCAGGGCAGCGCGGCAUCAUGGACUACUCUGCACGCUGGAACGGAUUUAGUCGGCUGAGCAGGCGCGUGCCCAGGUGAGCAGUUAACCUUGCUGUGGAAAAAUGCUUCGAGGCCGCCUUCUCCACCGUAGUCGGGCAAAACGGCCUUAUCU